AUGAUGAAAACUAACUAUUCAAACGUAAGAGUCAGUUUUGUGUACAGUGAGAAAGUGAACGAACUCGUAGAGAAGGUUAUUUUCUUGGCCAAAAGCUUAUCACACUACAGGAAGAAAUAUGUGACAUUUUUGAAGAAGAGGAAGUGCGAGGUGCAGGGGAAAAGUGGAAGCUACACUGGGAGGGGGUAUAUACGAAAAAGCAGCUUAAGUAGGAGUGGUCAUAGCGAGACAGAUGGAGAUGUAAAAGGAAGACGGGGGAAAAAAAAUUACACAGUGUGGCGCAUGAAAUACAACGAACAAAGCCAAGCAGGAUGUAGCUUUUUCCACGUUUUCACGAACUAUGAAGAGCUCGUGCACGAACUACUAUACUUGUGCAGCCACGAAACGGACAUAUACAUUGAAUUUCUCUACACAUUAAUAAUUAACAGCGAUCUGUUUAAUCACUUCCUCUACAUAUGCACAUUCACAAGUGGAGACAAGGACGAUCCAUUUUUGCUACUAAUUUACAAGCACUUUUUAACUCUCGUUGAGUACUACUUCUACUUCAACAAUUGUCACUAUUUCAACGAUCUGUAUUGUAGUCUAAAGGAAAUUUAUGACAACAAGGAUGUGUGUGAAGCGGGCCUGCGGGCACCUCCAUGGGGGUGCACCUUUCUUCGGAAAAAUGAUAAAAACUACCUGAACAGUCAGGCAAAAUAUGAACAACACGAUUCGACCACUUGGAUGGAAGAAGAAAACAAAUUUUUGUUCACCUACCCGAAUGAAAAUAGCGAUUUUGCAAAUUAUGAACGCAACGGUGGAAGAAAGAAAGAAUGUGAAAUGAAAAAAAGGAGCAGGAAGACAAAUCGCUGCAGAUUUGAUGUGAGAGAAAGUGGUAACACCUUUAAAGACACAGAGGAGAAGCUUAUUAGUGAGCGCAACGUGUCAACCUUUACGAAGGUGGUAAAAGAGAGAGGAGCUAACGAUACACAUGGGGGGGGCGAGUGCGAUGGAAACACAAUUAAGGCGGAGAAAAUCACCCCUUCAAGUGAAAUUUUAAGUAAAUUCCGUUCGAGCGCUUCUGGCGAUAUGGAAGAAGACAACCAAGUUGACUUCCAUUGCAAGUACAAUUGUAACUUCGACCAUGGGGAGAAGAAAAAGAAACACUCAUGCCACCCAGAAAUGGCACAUUCAUCCAAUGCAAACUUCAAUAUCAAUAAUUUUUAUAAGUUAAAAAACAUGUUUUCAAUGUUUAACAAGUUAAAUUAUGAGCACCUGUACAUCCUGUUGUAUUUUUCCCUCUCCAUUUUGCCUACCCUUUUCCACGUGUACCUCACUAGGGUGUUAACAACGCGGAGGGAUGAAUCCUGCAUCAGCCCCUACCUCAUGUACAUAGCCAAAAAAAUAAAGGAGCGCUCCAUUCAUUCCUUUAAAUUUUACUGUAACGGCACAACGAGGGAAAGUGGGUACAGUCAGGUUUCCUUUAUAGGAGAGGCCCACGAUAGGGUGCAGAGCACUGGCUCGAUAAACAACAGAUAUCUUCCUAAAGGGGAUGUGCAAAAGGGAGUCUGUGCAAAGGGGAGGCGGCACGAAAGCAACGAUCAAAGUGAUGGAGAGUGGAGUGAUCAGCGAAAGGAUGCCCACUUUGUUUGGGACGAACCGAAUGACAAGUUGUGGGAGCACAUUAACCGCCUGGACAUACACGAAAAGUUGGACACGCUGAAAAGCGGAGGGGAUACCAGCAGGAAUUAUUCCGAUGUGUUUAGAAGGAACAUAAGCUUGUUGCACGCAUUCGAAAUAAGGAGCGACUUUGAGAAUCUGAACUAUGAGAUCGUGGAUGAGCAUGAGAGGAGUUCCAACGGGAAGAAGCGCAAUAGCGAAAACAAGUCAGAUGGAAGCACACACAGGCAUGAGCAGAUGCGCGUGAACCAGUGGAACCACACCAAUCAGCAGAACCGCGCCUUCGGGGAAAUCAUUACGAAAGGGAGAUCCAAGGAAGGACGGGAGAAGACAAAAUACUCAGGGCCAUCACACCAGGCGGGCCACGUGGAUGAAAUAGUUUCAAUCCAAAGCGUCCCUGUAAUGUCAAGGGAACAUACCCCCAUGUACGAUCCAGAGAAAGAACUUCAAGAUGUUUUAAAAAGGAACCUACAAUUCAAUCGAAUACACUUAUUUUAUCGGAACGAACUGAAAACUGAUGAUAGCUUGCAAAACGCGCGAGGAUUGCGGGACUUUAUAAAAAGCAUAAGUAUUAUCUGCAGCGAGCAAUUUUUCUCCUUUUAUAUGAACAGGAUAGACAUGAAGAAGUCUACCCAGGGAGAUUAUCACCUUUUGCAAGUGGACAAGUGCAGUAGCGCAUCGAUGAAGCACAGGAGAGAAGAUGAGGCACAUUGGGGUGAGCAGCAGAUGAAUAAUCCAGGCAAGCACCUGCACAUGCAAAGUCUGCACAAAGACACCACGCUAAUACAUAAUGAUUAUAUAAAAAAAAAAAUUAAAAGAAACAGAUUAUACACGUACAAAAUUUUUAACAACCAAAUUGAGACUCUGUUAAAUUCGAAGGAGCUAGCUGAAUAUAUAAAAAAACAAAAGGAAAAUAAAAAAAAAAAAAAAAAAUAUCAAGAAGAAAAAAAAAAGGAAAAUUUUAUUUACAUGCAAUCACAAGGUGGUUGUCCACUACUAAAUAAAAAGAAUAAAAGAAAAGUCUCCAAUAUACCUUUUACCUUUGCGCAAAAUAAGAAUGAAAACUUCAUUGAAUCGGAUUGUAACUCCUACGAAAACAGUGACUCCAGUGAUAACCUCUCUAUGUACAAUUAUUCGAAGGAAUUCUACCUAGACAAUGGGUUCAACAUAAAUGAGUUUAUAUUUUUUGUAUUAAAUACUUUUUAUCUAUUCAUGCAUAUUCACAAUGUUUAUUUCUCUUGCACCUACUUGAAUGUGCUCCUUUCUUACUCAAUCAAGUUGGUGUUUAAGUAUAGUGAUAGGUGUGUCGGUUCUCGAUUGACGCGUCUUCUCCGUGGCCACCUGUCAGGCAUGCAAGGCGAUCCAACCGAUACAACGGAGGAAGUUAUUCCGCCCUUCACGCCACAUAAUCGGAUGAAGAUUUUGAGAAAGGGAUCGAGUAUACGCAUGGUGAGGUCACACAGUCAAGAAAGAGAUUUCCGUACAACAAUUAAGAAUACCGAAGAAGGAAGCGAACUUGAAAGGAUAAAACAACUCAGCGAAAUGAUCUUAAGGAAGAAAAAAUUUUUUAAUAAAAAAAAGAAGAAAGAAAAAAAUCUCCAUUGUAGCUUCUCCUCCGCGUGCAGAAAAUAUGGAAAUAAAACUACCCUCCUGAUGAACACAUUUGAUAUUAUUUUAAAUUCUUUUCUAGACUUGUGCAUUUCCCUCUGCAGUGUGAAUUUCAAUUUUGUGAAUGACAAGAGGAGGCGACUGAACCGAACUUAUUUUUGCGAUUCCAUUUGUAGGUACCAUUACAUGUUGAAUAGGCAAUACAACGAAUCUGCUAUGCACAAAUUUAAUCAAGCCAAUUAUAACAACUCGGUGGAAGCAUACCUUUUCUACUUCGACGAACUGAAGAAGCAUGAGUUGUUUUCAAAACAGAUUCUCGGAGACGGAAAGACAGAAACGGGAAGGGGUGACUCCCGCAGUAGACACAAUCAGAGCGAUAGCAUCCAUGUGAGCAAUCGCAGCGACGACAGUAGCUAUAGUCUGUAUUUUUCAAAGGACAAGCGAAAGAGCACUAUGAUCCACUUGGGGGUCAAUGAAAAGGAGAUGACGAGAAAGGAGAAGGAACAUAAAAAGUGUGUACUCGUCGAAAGGGUAAAAAAGAGUGCCACGGAGAAAAGGCUUAUUAAAAAAAGAAUGGACGAUUCGAUCUUUUCCCAAAUGAUGAUGACGCGGGGAAGUGUCAACGCCAAAAGUUACGCUUCAUCCUGGAUGAAUGAAACAGGAGGAAAACAGAAGGGGGAUGAUGUACCAAUCGAUUCAAUGAACAUAAGCAGCGAUGGAAGCUUUCUCUUUUUAAAAAAAAUGAAAAAAAAAAUAAAAAAGAGAAUUUACCUGGAUGAAAAUAAUAUCAUAAAGAUGUUAACAUGUGUAGGCUGCAUUUUCAUGAACAACAUAAAAUAUAGUGUAGGAAUUACGAUAAAUAAUUUAAAGAAAGUAUGCAAAAAUGGUCCUUCCAAUGAGAACAACCACUUGUUUAAUCAACUCAAUGGUAUAUUUUAUUGCCAAAAAAAAAAUGUGCAUUUGGCAAAUAUAUAUAAUCAGUACUUUGUGUCUUUUUUAUUCUUCUUCAAAAUACACUACCUUUUUUUUCUAAUAAAAUAUAAGUGUGAAAAUGAAAUUUUUUUGAAGGCCUACUGGUUCCUCUAUGCCGUUUAUUCCAUCACCCAGGGGUGA